AUGGGAACGCCCAGUGGAGACGAGGCGGGCGCCGCGCCACUCGUCCGCUUCGACAGGCACAACUGCAUGCAAGGAAAAGUGCGAAGAAGGAAAGAAAAGAUUUCUUUCUCUUGGCAGCCCGUCCUCCGCCUCGGCAGCAGAGAGUCUCUCGCGGCUCUUAGGGCAAAGCUGCUGUCUCGCCGACGCGACGACACUUUUUCUCUCACGCCCAAACAGGGACAGUCCUCGGCAGAAGGCACUGAAGCGUCUGCGGAGCUCCAGGCCGUGACGCCCACGUCUUCCUCUGCGUUGCCUUCGAUUCAUCCGGCAGCCGAUCCUUCGUCAGCCUCUUUUCCCGCGAACCCCGUUUCCUCUCAUCGUCGCCGGCGCGGUGACGCCGCCUACACUUCUGUUUCUUCUUCUCAUUCUUCUUCCUCGGCUUCUCCGUCUUCUGUGAAGUCUGUGGGUCAGCCAGGGUGCGCGCCCUCGCGAUUUUACUCGCCGCCUUGGUGGGCCAAGGCCCCGGACGUUGUCCGUUGUCGCUUUUCUCCGAGCGGGAACUUCCUCGCUGCAUGCACCAGUCUCGGCUCUCUCCGUGUGUACGAAGUCGAGACUGGCACUCUCAUUUGCGAGUACGCAAACGCCCACGUGAAGGGAAUCAACGACAUUGCUUGGCAUCCGUCUUCUGCGUACAUUUUCACUGCGUCCUCCGACGCGUCUGCGUCGCUCUUUCCUCUCCAUUUCCGUCCUCGCGACCGUGCGCCAUUCUUGUCUUCGCCCUCCGCCCUCGCGACCUUCCGCGUCGUCCCCGACGCGCCGGCGAGCGUCUCUCCAGUCUCUCUCGCAGGCGGAAAAGACAAAAAGGGACACAUGACCGCAGCUGCGUCGGUCUCGGUCCCGUCUAGCGCACAAGACGCCCCGCCUCGGGGUUCCGUCCUCAACGCAGGCAGCCUGCCGGCGCCCGUAACUUCCGUCGCGGUGCCCCAGGACGGCUCCGCCUCCGGCUGUCUAUACACCGGAGGGUACGACGAGAUUCUCCGGCUGUGGGACCUGCGGCUGCCGGUUCAACCUCUGCGCCAGGUGAAGGCGCACGACUGCCCGAUCACUUCGCUCGAUUUUGCGCCGUCCUCACCGCUGCUGCUACCGCCUUACGCCUCGCCGCGGGCUGGCGAGUUUCCCUGUCUCGACGCCAUCUCGGCCUGUCCCGGCAUCGUCGCCUCCGCGGGCCUCGAUGGCCUCGUUCGCCUCUGGGAGGCGUCUUCGCUGCGGCUUCUCCGCACCCUCAAGGGCGGGAGCAGCGGCGCCGCCAGCCUAGGCGAGAAAAGCGAGAAGGAGGGCGAGGGCGGGAGCAGUGGGAGUCGCCGAGGUAUUGCAUGCACGCACGCAGUUUGGAGCCGCUCAGGAAAGUUCCUGCUGUGCGCGUACGAAGGCGGGCAAGGCGGGCGGAUUCUGCGCCUCAGUCGCGUCGUGAAUCGCGGCGCAAACGGCGGCGCUAAACGACGCGGCGACUCCCGAAGCACACGGCGACGCGCCGAGAAGAAAGCGCGGAAAGAGUCAGAGACAAAAGAGACAAACGCGACAGCGCAGAGAGAGACAGAGGAGACGCCGACGCGAGGCGACGCGUCCGAUUUGUCCGAAGAGGAAGAAGAAGAGGAAGAAGAAGCGUGGUGGGGAACGGCCGUGACGAUGCCACUGGACAUGCCUGUGGCGGGGACGCCCCAGUGGGAGCGCGAACAGGAAGAGGCUCAGCGAGCGACGGCCGAAGCUUUCCACCGAUUCUCCUUUCUCCCAGAUGAUGGAUCUUUCGCGCCGCCCUCUUCAAGUCCUCGAGCGCACGCUGGCUGCUGCCCGUCCUCCCAUGCGUUCGCCGAGACUUCGCCUGGGCUGUGCACGGGCUCAGCGGGCGGUCUGAGCGAGAAUGGCGUUCAGGCGCGACUCGCCUUUGCGCCGUUCUGCACUCCGCGGCGGUGGUUCUCGCCCUUUGGAUCGAUCUGGCGAGAUCGCGCGCUGCUGCCGUGCGGCGACGGUCGCGUCUGGGUGUUCAAGGCGAUGCGUGGAAGUCUCGUGGAGAAGCUCGCCGCGCCGGUCGACUUUGCAUGCGCAUGCAGAGGCCGAGGCGGGCGUCCCUGCGCAGGCGGGAGCGUCUGCUCGAGUGUCGAUGCACACCCCGACUGGUCUCUGGGCGUCAUCGCCACGAGCUGGACCGAACCGGACGGGGGGAUCGUCGUUUGGAUGUGGACUGGGGAAGAAGAGGAAGAUGAAGAGGAAGAGGAAGAGAGAGAUUAA